UGACGGUUGCCUAACCCCAAGCAUGGAAAACCCGAAAAAUCUAGAAAAAUCUUGAAAUUUUUGCAUUCGCUCGGGCUUGUAUUUGCCAAUGAAAGCCGCUGUGAGUCGUUGUCGGAAGCAAAGUAUCGUUAAGUCUAGAAACAGCCGCUCGUCAGAUUAAACACACACUAACGACACGGGGAUUUGAGUAGCGUUAAAUUUGUCCGUGCAAAACUCACAUUUUCCUAGACAGCGAAAAGGACUGUGCAUUGUUGGUUCGCAGCGACGUUAAAAAACCACAGCAACGCUUUUACUGUAGGUCCAAUCGACUGUAAGCGACGGUUGCGGUCUUCGUGCACUACCCGAAAACAAAUAGACAAAAUGGCUAAAUGGGGCGAAGGCGAUCCACGCUGGAUUGUGGAGGAACGGCCGGAUGCGACAAAUGUCAACAAUUGGCACUGGACAGAGAAGAACGCCACACCGUGGUCGAAGGAUAAGCUAAAGGUCCUGCUGGACGGGUUUGUGAUUGCCGAAUCGGGCCUGGAAUGCACGGUAACCAAGAUCGACAAGCUGGACGGCGAGGCGACGGCCAACAACCGCAAAGGCAAGCUGAUAUUCUUCUACGAGUGGAACAUAGUGCUGCUGUGGAAGGGCCGGUACAACGAUGAGGAGGUGACGGGUAAAGUGAGCAUUCCAAACCUGUCCGAGGAGAACGAUGUGGACGAGGUGGAGCUAACUGUGUCGGUGGACAGUUCGAACCCGGCCUCGGAGAAGCUGAAGCUGUUCAUGUACAACAUCGGCCGGGACAAGCUGAGAAAGCAGCUGGAUACGUACAUCCGCGAGCUGAAGGCGGACUUUGCCAAGGGGCUGAUACUGCCGAAAAAGGACGAGAUGAACGGUACCGAGACGGCGCCGCAAAAGAAGGACAAGGAGACGGUGUAUGCGAGCGGGUUCAACAAGAAGAAGAUCGACCUCGAAACGGUGACCAGUUCGCCGGACGCGUCGAAACAGAAGAGCGUCGGGUGCAAGCUGGACUUGAAGACGCUACAGACGACUGAGAAAUUCCAGUGUCGCGCGAAUGAACUGUUCGAUGCACUUACGCGGGAGGACAUGGUGACCGCAUUCACCCGUGGCCACGUGAAACACGAGCUGUUCAAGGGAGGAGACUUCGUCUACUUUGGAGGUAACAUUUCUGGCAAGUUUGAGGAAAUUGUGCAGAACAAGAAAAUAGUUCAAACUUGGCGAUACAAACAGUGGCCUUCGGGACAUUAUUCAACCGUCACGAUGGAGUUGGAGGAAAAGGAGGACCACACAGAGCUUAAUCUGACCCAAACGAUGAUUCCGGCGGCGGAGCUCGAAACGACUAAACAGAACUGGCAACGUUACUACUGGAAUAGCAUUCGUUCUGCCUUUGGUUUCGGAAGUUUUCUUUGCUAAAAGCAUUCGAAUGCUAAAACCAAUCACCGCCACACAACACCACCACCAUAUGCACUUCUGGCUUGCUGGCUCUGUCUUGACGAACUUCUUAGCAGCUCGUGUGGAUGUAGACAUCGUAAUAUGCGGCUAACAAGCAAACAUCUCCUCCAAACAGUGCUUCUCGCUGUGGAUAUGCUAGUAAUCAUGCAAGAUCUCACAGCAUUGAUGCUUGCUUUCCCAGCAUCGAACCAUAGCUGGAAAGGAUGAAUCGACGGCACUAAUACUGUUUGCAAGUCGUAGUAGCUAGACAGCAACAGAAAAGCAAAGUGUGCGUUCCGUAUGAUUAGUAUUCAACAUUUGUUCCCAAUCAAUUAUCGCGCCGAAUGCAACAGAGCGUGUGAGUUCGGCAGUGGACAUUUUUGCAAUACAGCCAUAACGAGCAUGGGGAACUUUUGUCAGCUCUUGCGUUUUUUCGUUCGCGCAUCCAAGAAAUAGUAGGAAAGGAAGCUGCAGAAUGGUUCGUUUGAUCAUUGCUUUAAUUUAUGUUAACAGCCCAUAGCAUAGCAAAUCGAUGCUGUCCCCACUAUGAUCAGUAACAUCGAGUCGUAAGGGAAUUCGCGUGGUAUUGUGAUGCAGGGGGGCCUGCCUGUGAGGAGAUUUUACUUUCGAGUUAAUAAAAAGUAAAUGAGUAACAGUUCCAAUUGAGUAA